AGGGUCAGCUGAGAGUGGAUGCCAAUGUUUCUGUGCAUCACCCUGGAGAGCCUUACGGAGUGAGAACUGAAGUGAAGAAUAUCAAUAGCCUACGAUUCCUGGCAAAAGCAGUAGACUAUGAAAUACAGAGGCAAAUUGAAGAACUUGAAAAAGGAGGAACAAUUCUGAAUGAAACAAGAGCCUUCGAUUCCAAGCUUGGGUGCACUGUACCGAUGAGAGACAAAGAAGGAAAACAGGAUUAUCGGUUCAUGCCAGAGCCAAACCUUCCUCCAUUGAUUCUGUACGAUGCUAAAUCUUUGCCAGCUAAUCUGAACCAUCAGCAAGUGGUAAAUAUUGAUUGGAUUCAUGAGAGACUUCCUGACCUCCCCAGUGUGAAGAGAGCAAAGCUUGUUGAACAGUAUGGGAUUCUUCCUGAACACAGCUUCACCUUAUUGAAUGAAGAUGGAUUAGCAGAAUUCUUUGAAAAUGUGGUAAAAGGGACCCAGAUGAAGCCAAAGAAAGUGAUCGGCUGGAUUCUAAAUGACCUGCUCAGUUAUCUGAAACAACAUUCCCUUACGGUAAAGGAAAGCCCAGUCAGUUCUUUUCUCCUGGCUGACCUUCUGAACCUUCUAGAAAAAAAAGCAAUUUCUUCUACAGCAGCAAAGCAGGUGCUUGCGGAAUUGUGGAAGCAAGAAGGGAAGACUCCUCUUGAAAUUGUUAAAGAAAAGAAACUUGAACUGAUGCAGGAUCAAAAAGAGCUUGAACAGAUCUGCCAGGCGGUGAUUGAUGGACAAGAAAAUGAGGUUAUGGCAAUAAAAGCAGGAAAUCGCAAAGUUCUAAAUAAGUUAAUUGGCCUGGUACAAAGAGAAACACAAGGACGAUCCAGUCCUGUGCUGGUGAAGCAAUUAUUAGAGAAGAAGCUGUUGGAAUAG